GCAAAUUCAGACAGAAGGCAAACAGUUAGCUUUCUGGAUGCUAUACAACAGAACAACCCAUUGCAGCAGCAUGCAGAUCCUCACACUCGCUCUCUUCUUUGGCACAAUCGCUGCCACAAGCGCUUGCGCUAACAUGGCUAUGCCCGGUAAAACUUCAUAUGCGAUCGCUAUGUCUAUUAUGACGACCGAAGAUGAUGAAAUGGGGUCAGGACUUCUUAGCACUCAGGAACGCGCUAUUAUUCGCACAACUUGGAAUAAGGCCAAAAAAGAUGGAGAUGUCGCACCCAAGCUCCUUUCCAAAUUUCUCAAGGCUUAUCCCGAAUACCAGAAGAAAUUCAGCAAGUUCUCUGAUGUCCCUCAGUCAGAUUUGUUGAGCAACGGAAACUUCUUGGCUCAGUCCUACACCAUCUUGGCCGGUUUGAACGUCAUUGUCCAGUCCCUGUCCAGCCAGGAGCUGAUGGCCAACCAAUUGAACGCUCUUGGUGGUGCACAUCAACCCCGAGGAGUUACCACUACUAUGUUUAAGGAAUUCGGAGUCAUUCUUAUUCAAGUUCUCGAAGAAGAAAUCGGAAGUGCAAUGACAAUCGAUGCCAGACAGGCUUGGAAAAAUGGAAUUCAUGAAUUGAUUGGUGGCCUAUCACAGACUUUAAAGAAUCCAGAAGAUUUGCCUGAUCCCCAAACUCGACUGACCCCCCAACAAAUCAAAGAAGUCCAGAGUACGUGGGCAUCAAUGAGAGGCGAUCGCAACUCAAUCGUUUCUGCCAUCUUCAUCGAGCUCUUCAGAGAGAAUCCUCGCUCUCAGAAAUACUUCGCCAAAUUCGCCAGUCUACCCUUGGAGUCUUUGAUUAGCAACACCGAUUUCAACCAACAAGUUGCACUCGUCGCCAACCGCCUAGAUACAAUUAUUUCGGCCAUGGGAGAUAAACUGCAACUGUUGGGUAAUAUCAAUUACAUGAGAUACAGCCACGAGCAGCGCAUCUAUUCUCCGAGAAACGCUGUCCGAGAUCGCUUUGAGGACUUUGGCCGUCUUUUGCUAGACACUUUGAUUGCAAAGGGUAUCGCUGGUGAUGACCUAGACUCGUGGAAAAGCGUUCUGAAGAUUUUUAUUGAUGGAAUCGCUCCCGAGCAAUGAAAACUUGUGUGGACGUUGACAAGAAUUAAUUGAAUGAUAGUCUAUUAGAAUUAGCGCUCAGAAACUGUCUUAUAUCGUGUAAAAAAAAAGUUGAUAGAAUGUUAUAUUUUGUAAUUCAACAUCUGUCCUGUUUCAGUGAAUACGUGCCUUUUUUUAAAAUGUGCAAUGUACAGAUUUCGUUGAUCGAUAAACUGCACACAUCUGUGUUCUAAAAUGCAACAAAUUGAAAUUUACUUG